UCUGUCUGUUGACCGCAGGAGGGGCUCGGAAGGACCCGAAGGAGCGUGGCCGGCACCGGACAGGUCCUCCAUAGGCCCGAAAGGGGCGCGCACCCUGGAUCCGAACCCCCCAGCAUGGCUCUCGUGCGCCCCACUUCACUCUUGCUCUGCUUUUCCUUGGUGACGUUAUGCCAGGGGGGCUGCGUGGAGGUGGACUCGCACACAGAAGCCGUGCUGGGCAAAACCUUUAAGAUCUUGUGCAUCUCGUGCAAGAAACGGAGUGAGACGGUGGCUGUGGCCUUCACCGAUUGGUUCUUCAGGCAGAAGGGGACGGAUGAGCUAGUUAAGAUUCUUCACUAUGACUUCUAUUCCAAGCUAGAAGUGAUAGACCCUCGCUUCGAAGGUCUGGUUGUAUGGAACGGCACCAAGUACGUGGAGGAUUUACAGGACGUAUCCAUCUUCAUACUUAACGUGACGUAUGACCAUGCGGGCGAGUAUGUCUGUACCGUCAACCGCACGCUCAACUUUGGAGAUAUGUUCUUCCACAACGUCAUGGUCAACAAGACGAUUCAUGUUGAUGUGGUGCCCAAAGCAAACCGGGACAUGGCGUCCAUCGUCUCUGAGAUCAUGAUGUACGUUCUCAUUGUGGUUCUGACCAUCUGGCUGGUAGCUGAGAUGGUCUAUUGCUACAAGAAGAUCGCCGCGGCAACGGAAGCAGCUGCUCAGGAGAAUGCCUCUGAGUACUUAGCCAUCACGUCGGAAAGCAAGGAAAACUGUACAGGGGUGCAGGUAGCAGAAUAGCCCGUGCAGGACUGUCGGUGGGCACAGGGAUGCCUGAUUGGCAGGAACGAGGCUCUGACAAGCGUAGAGGAGAGGACAAGUGACUCAGCAGAAGCAUCGGCAGUCCCUGAGAAGAGCUGAUCUAGAGCCAAGCAGCCCCUCCCCUCCCCCCGCACGGCCGUUUCGUUAACAAAGCAUGCUAUUUUUAAUAACAGAGCUCUGUAUCCAGCCACCCAGGGACAGACAAAAGAAAUGGUGGUUCAUCCUGACGGGCACCUUGCUCUUUUAGACGUGCCCCUCCUUCACCUGCGGCGAGCAAGUGAUGCCCCAGCCGCAAUGCAUGAUGGGAAAAGGGGGGCAUGGCUGCUUGCACAUGCAAUGCAAAAGCUUGGCGUGCCCCCCUCCCAGUGCCUGCCCGUGGCCUCUUUCCGUUUACAGGCACUCGCGCUUUCUGAUUUUUUGCACAAUUCUUGCGCUUCAAAUUUCGGUGACUUCGCUACCAGCACUUUCUGUGGGUCUGAGGAGAGGAGUUUGAAUGACCUGCUUCCUCAUUUCCCCCUCCUUACAUGCCAUGAGUUCAGCCUCUACCUUCGCCUCUCUGCUCCCAGCAAUAGAGAAAAGGAUUCAAGAUGGCCGCCAUUUAUAUGGUUCUAAGGCCCAGCCCACCUGGGGGACACCGUGUCUCAAACUAGCUAUAUGGACUUGGUUGGGUGAAACAUCUUUUGUGCUCUUGUAGGGUGAUGCUGUGGCUACUAGUAUCCUAAGUGGAGUUAAUUUGAUUUUUAUGACAGAAUUUUCCCUUCAAGGCUGUCACUACAGAAAUGGCAACCAGAGCCCUUGAGGGUGCUUUUUUUCACCCCCCGCAUCCCUGAAAUUUGUUACUGUCGUUUCCCCCCGCCCCAUCUCUUGUGGAAUUCACACCCUGAUCUCAGGAGAGAUGGAUUCCUUCUGUGGUGCCACCAAGCCAUCCCCUUCUCCCUCUGUGUUUCUUUCCCAGAACCAGUUGGCGCAAAGUCAUUUUGGCUUCUGGGAAACCACCGUGCCCUCUCCUCUCCUCAGACCCCAGGGGCCGGUUUCAAGGAUCGGCCCCCAUCAUGAUAGAAUAGGGUUUGUUCAUAAAUAAAGAUAAUUGGAUUUCA